GUACCACUUCUAAGUUGGUCAUUGAAGAAGGGGACUGCUUGGUUUGCAUUGUGGUUUGGUGGAGCAGAAGAAUCCAGGCACACUUUGAGUCCUUGCUGUCCCUCUUCCAGACCUCUGUUCUGAUCUCCACUGCUUUGUUUCCUACUCUCCCUUGUGCAGAGACAGGGCAGGGCAUUGUUCAUGCACUGACCGACCUCAGCAGCCCCGGCAUGACCUCAGGGAACGGAAACUCUGCCUCCAGCAUCGCCGGCACUGCCCCCCAGAAUGGUGAGAAUAAACCACCACAGGCCAUUGUGAAACCCCAAAUCCUGACGCAUGUUAUCGAAGGGUUUGUGAUCCAGGAGGGGGCGGAGCCUUUCCCGGUGGGACGCUCGUCCCUGCUGGUGGGGAAUCUCAAGAAGAAGUAUGCACAGGGGUUCUUGGCUGAGAAGCUUCCACAGCAGGACCAUACCACCACCACUGACUCAGAGAUGGAGGAACCCUACCUGCAAGAAUCCAAAGAGGAGGGUACUCCCCUCAAACUCAAAUGUGAGCUCUGUGGCCGGAUGGACUUUGCAUACAAGUUCAAGCGUUCCAAGCGCUUCUGUUCCAUGGCUUGUGCAAAAAGGUAUAAUGUGGGAUGCACCAAACGGGUGGGACUUUUCCACUCGGACCGGAGCAAGCUGCAGAAGACAGGCACCACAACCCACAACCGCCGUCGGGCCAGCAAGGCUAGUCUGCCGACACUUACCAAGGAUACCAAGAAGCAGUCAACAGGCACUGUACCCCUUUCAGUUACUGCUGCUUUGCAGCUGACACAUAGCCAGGAAGACUCCAGCCGUUGCUCAGAUAACUCCAGCUAUGAGGAACCCUUGUCACCCAUCUCAGCCAGCUCAUCCACUUCCCGCCGGCGACAGGGCCAGAGGGACCUGGAGCUCCCUGACAUGCACAUGCGGGACCUGGUGGGCAUGGGACACCACUUCCUACCAAGUGAGCCCACCAAAUGGAAUGUAGAGGAUGUCUAUGAAUUCAUCCGCUCUCUGCCAGGUAAGGCCUUGGGAGCUCCACACUUGCCUGGAAUAGCAAGGAUGAGAGUGAGGGACCUUUCCUCACUCUCCUGCACCAGGAAGGAUGAGGUAGUCCAGUUAACACCUCAGGUUCAGGAAGCAAGAGGCAGAGAUUAAGAACACGAGGCUUCUGCCUAUGAGAGUUUAUAUUCCAGCACAGAGCACAAACUAAGUAAUAUUCAUGGCUAUAAUUUAAAAUAGCUACUGACAUGGUAACUGACAUGCAGAGAAGAUAAAAAGAUUAACCUUUUCUCUCCUGGGAAGGAAGUCAGGUAGAAGUAUAGGAAAUCUGUCAAAGAGGACAUCAAAAUUAAGAAAAUUUCAUCUGAGCCAACAGUGGACUAGUGAGCCUUUGCCAGGUGGAGAAACUGCCCACGGAAGCAGCUGGAGCUGGGGCAAAAGAUGUGGAAAUGCUGAUGCAACUGGGCACUGCACAUAACUCUUGGGGCUCACGCCUUGAAAAGCAAACCUUAUAGCAUUCCCAUGUGGCUUCAGUAGGACCCCAAAGCUUCUCUUCUCCCUGCCACUCUCAUUUAUCCACUGCCCAGGUCAGGUGUUGAUAAGACUGUUACAGAGUAGAGGUUGGGAGCAGACUUCCAAAUCAGACAGAACUGGGUUCAAAUUUUUGCCCUGUCACUUAACCCAGUGUAUUUGCUGUUCAUCUCUGUAUCCUCCAAAUUUGUCAUAGUAUGGUUACUUUAGGUAAGGACUUCAGAAGGGGCAGCUGUAUAUUUGGGUCUCUUAGAUGUUGCAGUAUCGCAGUUACAUGUCAGCCUACGCCAAGGUCACCUGGAGACUUUACUGGGGCUUGUAGGAUCCUCCUCCAGAGUGCCUCAGUCAGAUGAUUUGCAGGAAGGGGCUGACUGUUAGCAAGAGGCAUUGGCUCUUCUCCACACCCGCCUCUCUGGAGAGCUGCUUGAGUAUUUUCAUGACAAGCUUGACAGCAGGUUUUCCCCGCAAGGAGUAAAUCCAAGAGAGGAAGUUUUGAACUCAGCUUCAGAAGUCAUUUCCAUAGUAUCUUAUUUAUGGUCACAUAGAUUAGCCCAGUCCAUUG